UUUCCCGCCAGAUGGCGUCUGGCAAGAAAGGAAAUUACGUGUGUAUCUAUAUUUUAAUUCGUUGUCAACAAUUAAAAGGAAACUAAUGAUACAUUACACAUUUAAGCUUCAGCUUUCUUUAAAUUAAUGUUAAACGGAAUAAUAACAUAAAGAAAAUCACCCUGAAGUAAUUAGAUCACUUGUAGUGAGUUGGAUUGUUUGCCGAUUGAGUUUGAGAAAUGGCCCAAUAUCACGUUCCGGACCCUGAGGAGUUGAUCGAGUGUCCAUAUGACCGGGUCCACAUGGUGCGCGCCAAACGCUUCCAGUAUCACUUGGUCAGGUGUAGGAAGAAUUACAUUGGAUCAGAAUUCCAGAAAUGCCCGUUUAAUGCCAAGCAUCAUGUCCCUAAACCAGAGUUCAGACAUCACAUUGCCAACUGUCCGGACAAGGCCAUUGUGGAAACAGAAAUUGGUGCUGCAAACAAAAGAGAAGAAAAUCAACUGAAGGGAUGCACUGACACCCCGGCCUACAAGAACUUAGAGAUACCGAAUCAGGAGGAUUGGGACGAAGAGAUCUCAGCCCCGGUAAGACGAGGCCCCGCGUAUGAUGAAAUGUACUACGAAAGAGUCAAGUUUAAAGAUAUUACAGGGAUGACCAAAGCACAGAAGACUGUUCUCCAUGAUAACCGACUCACUUCCGAGCAAAAACGGGCAGAGAUGAAUCUGUACGCCCAAACAAGCAGUCUGGACAAACAAGGAAACAGCAGUCUCCGUCUACCCAGGACGGCUCCCAUGGUUGCUAUGGCGACAGAACCAAAGGCUGUACCUCCGGUUCAGCCCGCGUACGCAUACGCGCUCGCACAGGGUAGAGGACGAGGCAUCCAGACCAUGAACGGAGUCACUCCCAAUGGCACCGUUAAUAUCCCAGGUGUUGGACGAGGAUUGAAGCCAGGUAACCCGGGAUCGUUUGGGACUGCUAUCGGGCGCGGUCAGAUGGCCUCACCCCCGGGAUUCUGUGUCCCAAGGGUCACCCAGGAGUGAUCAUUACUAAUGACAAGAAACGUUUUCCCUCUAUAUAAGAGUGAAGACUACCAAGUUUGAAGCUGCUAAGAAGAAACUAUAUGUUAACCUACAUUAUAGUCUAAUGUUGUUGAUCUACCAUGAAGUACAUGUUUGCUUGUAAAUAGUUUGUAAAUGGUUUAUAAUGUUGAAGCCAGUUGAUUUUAGUUUUCUUAACUUGUGUUUUGUAGUUGACUUACUUUAGAGAGUUUUUUUGUGAGGCAUUGAACUGAUAUUAAAUUGGAUUUGCAUUCUUGAAUUUGUUAAAAUUUGGGUUUAAGAUAUUAAAAAAAGAGUUAGCCUUAUGCUUUUGAAAAAUUGGUAUAAAAUUGUGUGGAAAAAAUCCUUGAAAAUCUUAAAUGACUAUUGUGCAGAAUCAACCAGGAUAUCGGCUAUUACCAUAGUCGAACUAAACCAAAUCUUAAAUGACUAUUGUGCAGAAUCAACCAGGAUAUCGGCUAUUACCGUAGUCGCACUAAACCAAACAUUCAGAUUUGUUGUCUUUAUUUGUCCACAUUUUCUGUAUUGAUGGUCAAGUAUUGUUAAAGCAUAAACUGUAUCUAACAUGUCAGUAUUGCUUAGAGGCUGAGCAUUAUUUAAGAAAACAUAAUCAUUGUAUAUCCGUCCUCUAAAUAGGUGAUGUAUUUUAUAUGUUUUGUAAAAUGUACUAAUUUGUAUUAACACCAUCAAUAUCAGGGAUUCUUAAGUUCAGUAUUAUAAUCCUAAAUCUCUGAACUUAAAACUAAUGUACAGUUGUCAAGAUUGUUCUUUGCACAGACAUUUGCUUAAAAAAGAGCGGGAAAUACCUUGAAAUGACUUUGUGUACAAUAAAAAAAAAAAUGUUUAAUUAAAAUGUUUUCCCAACCAACCUACAUUGAAGCCGUGCACCUCGCUUGGACCUUGGUUGGGAUUUUGUUUUUGUUAUCAUCGCUAUGUACAUGUAUUUGAGUAUUUUGUAAUUCUUGGGGGAAAGAUCCUGUUUUUGAAUAAGACAUGAAAAAAAUAUGCUUGUUUCUCGAACGACCCUAUUUUUUUGCCAUAGUGUUAAUAUUUAUUUUCAUAUUAAAUUCCUGAAAAAAAAAUGCAUUUUUGAGUGAACACGUUAAAAUUUAACCAUUUCAUAUUUAAAAUGUUCUACAAUAUUGAUAUUCCCUGAUGUAGGUCAGUCUGGUACAGAAUCCUAGGUCUCAAAAAAAAGUUAUGCCUAUCUACAUGUACCUACCCUAUUUAUUUUGGAGGUAUAUUAGUAAAAACAAUGAAGUUUCUUCUUUUUUUUGCCCAAUUCAGGAAUCUAAGUUGGGAGCUUUUCUGGCAUAUUCAUUUCUUAUAAAGAAGUUUUUAUCUGAUUAAAAUUGCUCAUCGUAACCAUUUAACACAUCUAGCUUUUUAUCAAACACCUAUUUUUGGAUAUUUUAAGUUGAUCCAUUUGAUUUUAGCAAGUUUUCUUCUUGGCAGUUUAAACAGGAAAAUCUUUAAAGAAAAAAGUCAUUAGUUUUAUUUUUACGUUUAUUAUUUUAUUAUCAACAUUGUUUUAAUGCUUCAUUUUAUUUGUUGUCUUCUUAUAAUUGGGGGUCAUGUUGGUGCAACCUUUGUGUUCGGCUGGCUUUAGACGUAAUAGAUGUACAUGUAUAGCAUUGUAUCAUUGUGUCCUAUUUCUGGGGCUGUAUACAAAAAGCUUAUCGUGCCUCAAUGAAUGCACUCGUAAGAUGUUGUUGUUUUUUGUUUGUUUGUUUUUACUUUCAAACCCCAGAAUUCCACAAUGAAUUAUAAAAAAAUAUAUGUCACAUUUAGAGUAAGCUUCAGUAAUGUGCUUUGUAAAUGCAUAGCAUUUCCUUUUAUAUAUUAUUAUUAUUUUAAAAUGCAGU